CAUGCACAUAUAUCAUUGACAGCUCUUCCUUUCCUCCCUCUACCUUUCAAACUGUCCAUUUUUCUCCAACAAAGUCAUGACUUCUCCUUCCCCUUCCCCAAGUUUUCCCUCAACAAGGCUAAAUACGCUUGUGGGAUUGCUUGCAAUGAGUUAUUUAGUGGUGGGUUUGGCUGGUAACUUCAAUCAAGAUUUUGACAUCACCUGGGGUGAUGGUAGAGCAAAGAUUCUUGAAAAUGGCCAACUUCUCACCCUCUCUCUUGACAAAACUUCUGGUUCAGGGUUUAGAUCAAAGAACCAAUACUUGUUUGGUAAAAUUGAUAUGCAGCUAAAGCUAGUUCCUGGAAACUCUGCUGGAACCGUCACUGCUUACUAUCUAUCUUCCCUGGGGUCAGCCCAUGAUGAAAUAGACUUCGAAUUCCUUGGUAACCUUAGUGGAGAUCCCUAUAUCCUCCAUACGAACGUAUUCACCCAAGGAAAAGGGAACAGAGAACAACAAUUCUAUCUCUGGUUUGAUCCCACCAAAGACUUCCACACCUACUCCAUUCUUUGGAACCCUCAAAGCAUCAUUUUCUUCGUGGAUGGGACUCCCAUUAGAGAGUUCAAGAACUUGGAAUCAAAUGGCAUUCCAUUUCCAAAGAGCCAACCAAUGUGGAUAUAUUCUAGCCUAUGGAAUGCUGAUGAUUGGGCCACAAGGGGUGGGCUUGUGAAGACAGAUUGGAGCCAAGCACCUUUCACAGCUUCCUAUAGGAACUUCAAUGCUCAGGCUUGCAUUUGGUCCUCUGGAUCUUCCUCUUGCUCCUCCAAUUCCUCAAAUAAUUCUUGGCUUACAGAAUCUUUGGACACCAUAGGGCAAGCAAGAAUCAAAUGGGUCCAACAAAAUUACAUGAUUUACAACUAUUGCACUGAUACAAAGAGAUUCCCUGAAGGACUCCCUCCUGAGUGCUCACUAGCUUGAAUGUGAAAGGAGAUGCUCUAUUCUUUUGUAUUGUUUGUUCUAAUAAUGCAACCAAUAAAAUUUCAGUAAGAUUAUACAGAAAUAAAAUGUUCUUUCGAUGACA